GCAGGAGUAGCUACUGACUGUUUUUCUGUCAGACACACACAGACACACAGACAGACAGAGCCCAGUCACGCUCCUCCGAUCGGCCCCCCGUUACCGCGGUGGGCGGAGGAAGGACGAUGGACUCUCCGCUCCGCAGCGCCUGACGAGACUCCAGAAGUGCUGCACGCGGCGCGCUCGGACUCCUGCUGCACCUGCGCGCGCCCUUUUUUCUCCCCGUUUCCCGCCUCGUUCCACACUUGCUCGAAUUGCCGCUUUCUUCAUUACCUCUUAUUACCGCUUUCCAUUUACCGCGCGGCGCGCAGGUGGGGAUGUCGCGGGGACGCGGCGCCGAGGACUCUUGCUCCGCUCGGGGACGCGCGGUUCCGCGCUGUUCUGCUGCGUGGACGUGGAUGUGGAGCUCCUGUGUGUGGAGCUCCUGCGCGUGGCUGUGGACGUGGAGCGCGUGUGCGGUGCGCGCUCAGGAGCUGCCCACGAACGGCGUGAACGGCUUCAGCCUGCACCCGCCCUACUUCAACCUGGCCGAGGGCACCAAGAUCACGGCCACGGCGACGUGCGGGGAGGACAGCGGGGGACGCCCAGUGCGGGACCUCUACUGCAAACUGGUGGGGGGGCCCGUGUCCGGAGACCCCGGGCAGACGAUCCAGGGUCAGUACUGCGACAUCUGCACCAUGAGCGACAGCAACAGGGCGCACCCCAUCACGAACGCCAUUGACGGGACAGAGCGAUGGUGGCAGAGCCCACCUCUGUCUCGCAGCGCAGAGUUCAACGAGGUCAACGUCACUCUGGACCUUGGGCAGCUAUUCCAUGUGGCCUACGUCCUCAUCAAGUUUGCCAAUUCCCCUCGGCCUGACCUUUGGGUGCUGGAGCGAUCCGUUGACUUUGGGAAGAACUAUCAACCGUGGCAGUUUUUUGCAUCUUCUAAAAGGGACUGCAUCGAACGAUUUGGCUGGAUAAGCGUUGAGCGCAUCAACAAAGAUGACGAUGUCAUCUGCACCACCGAAUAUUCCCGGAUCGUCCCUCUAGAAAAUGGAGAGAUCGUUGUGUCCUUGGUGAACGGGCGUCCAGGGGCGAUGAACUUCUCCUACUCCCCUGCGCUGAGGGACUUCACCAAGGCCACCAACAUCCGUUUGCGCUUCUUGCGAACCAACACUCUGCUGGGGCACCUGAUGGGCAAGGCCCUGAGAGACCCCACGGUCACGCGCAGGUAUUACUACAGCAUCAAAGACAUUAGCAUCGGUGGGAGGUGUGUGUGCAACGGACACGCUGAGGCCUGCAAUGCCAAGGACCCCAAUGACCCCUACAGACUCCAGUGCGACUGCCAGCAUAACACUUGCGGGGCCUCAUGUGACCAGUGUUGCCCUGGAUUCAACCAGAUGCCAUGGAAACCAGCGACUACAGACAGUGCCAACGAAUGUGAACCAUGCAACUGCAACAAGCAUGCGCUCGACUGCUACUAUGACCCCGAGGUGGAGCAGAGACGGGCCAGCGUAGACCUGCAGGGACAGCCGCGAGGCGGAGGGGUGUGUCUGGACUGUCAGCACCACACUGCAGGUGUCAACUGCGAGCGCUGCGUCCCCGGCUACUACAGGUCGCCUGACCACCCCCUGGACUCCCUGUUCGCCUGCUCCCCUUGUGCCUGCGAGUCCGAGUUCACGGACGGGACCUGCGAGGACCUGACGGGCCGCUGCUACUGCAAGCCCAGCUACACUGGGGAGAAGUGCGACGCGUGUGCAGAGGGCUACGCCCACUUCCCGCUCUGCUACCCGGCCCACACGCACCCCGACAGCAAUGGUGAAGCACUCCCAGCUGGCGAAAUCAUAAACUGCGAGUGCAAUGCGGCGGGUACCGAGGGCAACUCCUGCCGCCCAGACCCCCGCUCUCGCACCUGUGUCUGCAAGCCUGGCUUCGUGGGAGCCCAUUGUGACAGCUGUGCCCCCGGAUUCUUCGGCCUCAACUGCCAGGAGUGCCAGUGCCACGGGCCCGGCUGCCUCGACGGAACAUGUGACACCGUGACGGGCCAGUGCCACUGCCGCGGUGGCUUCCAGGGCUACUUGUGUGAUCAGUGCUCCCUGGGAUAUUUCAACUACCCCCUGUGCCAGCUGUGUGGCUGCAGCUCAGCAGGGUCCCUGCCUGCCAUCUGUGAUGCCUCCGGCCGCUGUCUAUGCCGCCCUGAGUUCCAAGGCCCACGAUGUGAGCAGUGUCAGUCCGGCUUCCACUCGUACCCCAGCUGCCAGGAGUGCUCCUGCGACCCCCGCGGUUCCCUGGGCUCCAGCUGCAGUGCAACCGGUCACUGUCACUGCCGGCCCAACUUCAGCGGUGCAUCAUGUGACCAGUGUGCCUCUGGUUACUAUGGCUUCCCCAGCUGUACUCCCUGUCAGUGCUCUGCGGAGGGCUCUCACUCCAGCGCCUGCGAUCAGGUCACUGGCCAGUGCACCUGCUUGCCCAAUGUGGUGGGACAGCGCUGCGAUUCAUGCCGACCGGGGUCAUACGGCUUCCCCCUGUGUCAGGACGGGACCUGUAACCCAUCUGGUUCUGUGCAGAAUGAGGUCUUACCAACAACUGGCUCCUGCGAGUGCCGUCCCUACGUGGAAGGUGCAGCUUGUGACAAGUGCAAACCUCUGUACUGGAACCUCUCUCCAGACACUCCUUACGGCUGCUCCAGUUGUGAGUGCAACACGGAUGGGACUCUGAGUGGCGUCGCUGAGUGUGUUCAGACUACGGGGCAGUGUCACUGCAAGGCCAACGUGUGCAGCGGCACGUGCGCCGUGUGCAAGGACGGAUACUUCAACCUGCACGGCGACAACUACUUUGGCUGUCAGGGCUGCCAGUGUGACAUCGGGGGGUCUGCUGGACUGUCCUGCGGAGAGAGGAACGGGAGGUGUCGCUGUCGGCCCAACGUGGAGGGACAGAAGUGCAACCAGCCACGUACCGACCACUACUUCCCUGACCUGCACCAUCUCAAAUUCGAGAUCGAGGAUGGGACCACGGUGGAUGGCCGACCUGUUCGAUUCGGCUACAACCACCUUGAGUUUGGGGAUUUCAGCUGGAGGGGUUAUGCCCAGAUGUCUUCUGUUCAGCCCAAGGUGGUGGUCUCAGUGUCCAUCAGCACUCCAGACCUGUUCCACAUGGUGCUUCGAUUCGUCAACCGUGGCUCUACCGACGUCCACGGGCGGAUCUCUGUCCUGGAGGAUGGGAAGAACUUUUUGUGUGGCAACUGCUCGGACCAGUCCAAACAGAUCAUCUUCGCUCCCACUUCUGACCCCACCUUCGUCAACGUACCGCAGAACAGUUUUGUGCAGCCUUUUGUUCUGAAUCCUGGCACAUGGACAGUUGUCAUUGAGGCAGAGGGUGUCCUCCUGGACUACCUGGUUUUAUUGCCGAGUGCCUACUAUGAAGCCCCCAUCCUUCAGAUCAGAGUGACGGAGCCUUGCAUGUACAGCCCCCCGGAGGAUGCUAGCCAGAACUGUCUGCUUUACAAGUAUCUAUCCCUGGAUGGCUUCCCCACCAUUUCGGGCAACGAUGCCAGCUGCAGGUCCAACAACCACCUGCCGCGGCCCUGCCACACCGAGAAGGUCACCCCCCGGCACCCCACCAUGGCUGUGUGCAGGGGCAGCGAUAUCAGUAUUCAACUGCGCACCCCACCAGUGCCCCCUGCAGACUAUGCCAUCGUGAUGGAGUACUUGAGCGAGGAGGAGAGCCCCCAGAGGCUCACAGUGUCUGUGAACAUGCCAGGCAGGCGCACACACCAGGCAUUUUUUACACUGCUCUACUGCAAGUACAGCUUCCUAUGUAGAGUGGUCAGUGUGGACGACAACAGCCGCGUGGCCUUCUUCUCCCUGUCCUCUGCUGCCGAAGUGCAGCUCCUUGCUGAACGGACCAGUUUCUUCUUGCACAAGGUGUUCCUCAUCCCUCGAGAGCAAUUCACCAUGGAGUACCUGGAGCCUGGAGUUCACUGCAUCAGCACACAUGGCUCCUUCUCCUCUGACAGCACCGCGUGCAUACCGUCCCGCUUCCAGACCCCGUCUCAGUCACUCCUGCUGAAGGAGGGUCAGGCGUCCUCAGUUCAAGAUUCGGCACUGGGUGCUGCUCCACAGCCCAGUGUCACCACAGCGCACUCAGCCCAGCGGAUGCCCCACGUAGGCCCACUGGCCGCAGCAGACAAUGGAGAACACAUUCGUCUGGAUUCCUCUCAGAAUGCAGUGGUUUUUUCUGCAAGGGUGCACACUCUUGGCCGCUAUGUCUUCAUCCUGCACUACCACCAGCCCUUGCACCCCACCUUUGUCCUGCAAGUCUUCCUCAACGGCGGCCGCGUCUGGCAGGGCUAUGCCAACGCCACGUUCUGCCCCCAUGGCUAUGGCUGCCGCAGCCUGAUCAUCUCCGAGAAUCAGAUCAUCCUAGAUGUGACGGACCACGAGAUCCUGCUAACCAUUCAAGCGCACGGCGGCAGAAUGCUGUGGCUGGAUUAUGUCCUGGUUGUUCCAGAAGAUAGAUACAGCUCAAACUACCUGGCAGAGGAGCCUCUGGACAAAUCUUAUGACUUCAUCAGUAACUGUGGCCAAAACAGCUUUUACAUUCACCCGACAUCGUCUUCACAGUUCUGCAGAACGUCUGCAGCGUCGCUUUCGGCCUUCUUCAACAACGGAGCGCUGCCAUGUGCCUGCCAUGAGGUGGGCGCCUACAGCGAUGCCUGUGAGGCCUUUGGGGGACAGUGCCGCUGCCUGCCCCAUGUCAUCGGAAGGGACUGCUCCCAGUGUGCCACGGGCUACUGGGGCUUCCCCAACUGCAGGCCCUGCGAGUGCGGCAUACGGCUGUGCGAGCCAGUGACUGGGGAAUGUAUCUGCCCUCCCCGCACGGUGCGCCCCGACUGCGUGCAGUGUGAGCCGCAGACCUUCGGCUGCCACCCACUGGUGGGAUGCGAGGUGUGCAACUGCUCACGGCCUGGAGUCACAGCGCAGGACAUCAGUUGCGACACCGACAGCGGACAGUGCAGGUGCAAGAACAACAUCGUUGGUCGUCGGUGCGAUCGGUGUGCUCCAGGGUUCUAUGGCUACCCCAACUGCAGACUGUGUGACUGCAAUGAGGCCGGCACCGAGAGUGACAUAUGUGACGCUCGGACAGGACGGUGCCUUUGUAAGGAGAACGUGGAGGGUGCGCAGUGCGACCAGUGUCGAGUGGGAACUUUCCACCUGGACCCCACCAAUCCCAAGGGCUGCACCAGCUGCUUUUGCUUCGGGGCCACGGACCGAUGCCGCAGCUCAGAGAAGCGCUGGACAGAGUUUAUGGACAUGAGAGGUUGGACCCUCCUCGGUGGAGACCGGCAGGAAGUUCCAGUCUCCACAGAUGUGGAUAAGAGUCUGGUGGAGGCUGACCUCAGAGAUGUUCCAGAUGUUUAUCAGGACCUCCACUGGCAUGCACCCCACAGCUAUCUGGGAGACAAGGUCUCAUCAUAUGGAGGGUAUUUAAGAUAUUACCAGCAUUCCCAGACUCAGCCAACACGAGGCGACAUGCUGGAGUUGCCUCCAGAAGCUUCCCGUCCUGAUGUCAUCCUCAAGGGCAACCAGAUGACCCUGGUGUACAUGGAGAGGGAAUACUCCUCUCCCGGAAUGCCUCAUGAGGGGAUAGUUCACUUGGUGGAGGGUAGCUUCCGGCACUCUCAGACCGGUAACCCGGUGUCCAGGGAGGAGCUGAUGAUGGUGCUCGUGGCCCUGGAGGCGUUGCAGAUCCGAGCCUUGCACUCGCAGUCAUCGCUGGCUGUGACGCUGCGCAGGGUGGUGCUGGAGAGCGCCUCCCAGUCUUCAACGGGGAAGCCUGCCAGUAACGUCGAGAUGUGCCUCUGUCCUGCCAACUACAAGGGCGACUCCUGCCAGCAAUGUGCCCCUGGAUACUACAGGGACACCAAGGGUCUCUUCCUGGGCAAAUGUGUGCCCUGCAACUGCAAUGGUCACUCGGACCAGUGUCUGGACGGAUCGGGAAUCUGUGUCAACUGUCAGCAUAACACAGCAGGAGACCAUUGUGAGAAGUGUCAGGGUGGUUUCCUUGACAACGGUUCAUUGGACGGUCAUGCAGUGUCCUGCUCCAGCUGUCCCUGUCCUCUGCAGGUCACCUCCAACAACUUUGCAGUUCGCUGUGUGGAGAAGCCAAACCACAUGCAGUGUCUGUGUAUGCCAGGAUACGCUGGACCCAAAUGUGAACGAUGUGCCCCAGGUUUCUAUGGCAACCCCAUGGUGAUCGGCAGCACGUGUCAGCCGUGUCAGUGCCACGACAACACGGACCCCAACAUGCUGUUCAGUGACUGCCACCCGCUCACUGGCGUGUGUCAGGGCUGCAUGCACAACACAACAGGGCCAUACUGCGAGGUCUGUGCCCCAGGUUUCUACGGAGAUGCCAUUACUGCCAAAAAUUGCACCAGAUGCAACUGCUCUCCAUGUGGCACUGCAUCAUGUGAUCCCCGAAGUGGAGAGUGUCAUUGCAAGCCAGGUGUUACUGGAGCCCGCUGUGACCAUUGCGAGACAGGAUCAUUCGGAUUCGAGACAUGCGGUGGAUGCCAGCGCUGCAACUGUGAUGCAGCAGCUGCUCUCAUUCAUUCCUGUGACCCCAGGAACGGGACCUGUGCCUGUCAGCCGGGGGUCAACGGUCCGCACUGCCGUCAGUGUGCCCCGGGAUACUGGGGCUACAGUCCCAAUGGCUGUAUGAAGUGUGAGUGUAAAACUGGUCUGUGUGACCCACGCACUGGGGAAUGCACCUGCAGCAAAGGUCUCACAGGGAAGCAAUGUGAUACAUGUGUGGAUCGUUACAGUGUGCUGGUGGAGAUUGGAGAAGGAUCCAUCUACUGUCAGCCUUGUGACAGCUGUGUGAUUGUCCUCUUGAAAGACCUGGAGAAUAUGAACAACCGCUUCCUGGCAGAUACUAGUCAGAUUACCAAUCUGAACGCCAGCUCCAUUGCCUGGGCACAACUGCGUAACAUCAGCCAGUCCAUAAAUGCCACAGCUGAUGCACUGGAGGUCUUUAACCGCUCUUUGGAGCUAAGCAAGAACAGGGCAGACAUGGUUGAGAUUGAGGCCCAGAGCAUCGGCUCAGACACUGAUGAGUUGGAAGAGAAGGCCACAGUCUCACGCAAGAAAGCAGAGGAGCUUAAAGACAGCACCAACAGAACUCACCAGCGUGCUGAGGACCUGCUCACAGACGUCAGGAGGAUUGUGGGAGAAGUGGAAGACAUUGCCAAGCAGGCUAACAGGACAUCUGUGAAUGAGACGAACAAGGGCACAGUGGAGGACCUGUCUGAGAAACUGUCCCAGGUGGAGGAGAUGCUGCGGGACAUGAGGUUCAAGGGCUUCCAGCACCAGAAGGAUGUGGCUGACACAGAGCUGGCCACAGCCCAGAAAUUGCUGGAGCGAGUGAAGGAGGAGCUGGUGAGUCGCCUUGCUGACAAUCAGGCCCUGGUGCAGAAGAUCAGGGACCGGCUGGGCAAAUUCCAUGCUGAACUGAUGGACUUGAGGGAUGCACUCAACCAAGCGGUGAACAACACAGCCCGAGCUGCGGAGACCAAUAACAUCAAUGCAAAGCGACUGGAGGAGAACCUGCAAAAUGCAGAGGGGGUGCAGAACAAGAAGAAAGAAGUGGAUGACUUGCUGCAAAUGGCAGUUGAUAUCGUGACUCAGGUCAACGACCUGCUUUCCAUGCUGCAGGACUCCAAAGAGGAGUGCGAGCACCUGGCUGCCCAGCUGGAUGGAGCUCGGUUGCGCUUAGCAGAGAAGGUGCAGAGGUUUGCUUCUGCCACCUCCAAAAUUGCCCUGGUGGAAAAAGCAGAGGAACAUGCCGAGAUGUUGAACCAGCUAGCCAAGAACCUCUCCAGUGUUAUUAGUGACACAAAUCAGGACGGGUUCAUUCAGCGAGCCGUGAACGCAUCCCGCGCCUACAGCAACAUUAUUGAAGCCAUACAGAAGGCCGAAAAUGCGGCACACGAAGCCUAUGACGCCAGCAUGGUUGCCCUGGAGAAUGUGCAGGGUCAAGAUCUUGGCACACUCUCAAAAGGAAUGAAGAACCGAAGCAUUGAGCUGGAGAAGGAGGCUGUGAAGCUGCAAGAUUCACUCACAAAGGAUUUGAAGCCACAACUGCAGAAGGCAAGGACUCGCCUAAAAGAGGCUAAAAAUAAACAGGCAUCUCUCCUCAAGGAUCUUCAGAUGAUUAACAUGAGUCUCAACUUCAGCAGAGAGGAGACAGCGAAAGACAUUGCAGACGCCAAGCAGGCAGCAGAGAAGGCUAACGCCACCGCUACCCAAGUGGAGGACAUGCUGAGUCCCAUGAAGAAGCAGCUGGAUGAGUGGCAGAAACAGUACGGCAACUCAAAUGCCACCGGCGAGGACAUCAGCAAGGCCUUCCUUGAGGCCAACAAGUCUGUGGGAAUGCUGGGGGAAACCAUCCCUCUGCUGAUUAAAAAGCUGGACAAACUGCAGAACCACUCCAUGCAGAUGCCCAACAUCUCUGAGAAUAUUGAGAGGAUCCGCGAACUCAUUGCACAGGCCCGUCGGGCCGCCAGCAAGGUUAACGUGCCAGUGAAGUUCAAUGGAACCGCAGGGGUUCAGGUGAGGAACCCACAGAACCUGGCAGAUCUGGCAGCGUACACAUCACUCAAGCUCUACAUCACUCUGCCGGAGUCCAGCAGGAAAACUCACCAGGCCGACACCCCGAGCCAGUUCGUCUUCUACCUUGGCAACAAAAACGCCAAUAAGGAGUUCCUGGGAAUGAUGCUGGAAGGGAAGAAGCUGCGUUGGGUGUACAACCUGGGCGCAGACACUGCUGAGGUGAUGGUGGAUCAGGACAUCCUGUCAGAUGGAUCCUUCAACAGCGUUUCAGUGGAAAGGACACUGCAAUAUGGGCAAAUGGCAAUAACUUCCGAGGGGUUAGUUAAGACUGUAACCAAGGCCGAUGUGGAGGCAGGAGGAGACCUUGGGUUACUCAACCUUCCAACAGAAGAGACUGUCUUCUAUGUGGGAGGAUAUCCUGACUCUUUUGAUCCCCCUCCACAGCUGAAGCUGCCUGGCUUCCAAGGCUGCAUCGAGUUGGACACCCUCAAUGAGGAAGUGCUGAGUCUCUAUAACUUUGAGAGAACUUUCCAGCUCAACACUACAGAGGUCAAGCCUUGCGGAAGGACCAAGCCAGUCUUGACACAACCUUGGGUCAAUGAUGGUGCGUACUUUGAUGGCACUGGCUAUGCUGAAAUUGCCUUCGGUGAAGGCCAAAGACGCUUUGAACAGGAAGCCAGAGUGCUUUCACACAAUGGAAUCCUCCUGCUUUUUCUGGACAAGGACAGGUUCUUGUGUCUGGCUGUGCGUCAGGGAAUGCUCAAGCUCUACUGGAAAUUCAACGGUGAAAUGGUGGAGGAGCAACCUUCUGACCCCACAUCAGAACACCUGAAGAUCAGUGAUGCAGAAGUUAGAUCGGUGGAGCUCAUUAUCCUCCAGCGAUCUGGAGUCCCACAGCAGGUGCUGGUACGUAGCAACCGAUUCAUUUUGUUCCGCAAGAGCUAUAAUCAGACUAUCCCCAGCUUUAGCGGCAGCUACUUCCUGGGAGGGGUACCAGCAGACCGCCUUCCAGACAGCCUGAAGCCACUAUUUCCUGAUAAAGGGUCCAUCAAGGGCUGCUUCAGAAAUAUCAAGGCUCACAGCUCUCAUAUUGACCUGAAGGUGAUGAACACCUCCGGCGUCAGCUACGGCUGUUCCCCCGACCUCCUGGUGGCACGGGAAGCACAUUUCACUGGCCAGAGCUACUUGAAUCUACGUCUGGAAGACCUCCCUGACCUGCAGAGCAACUUCUACACGGGUUUCGGCUUCCAUACGGAACAGAGGAAUGGCCUCAUGUUCCACCACCAGGCCCAGGAUGGGGUCUGCCAGGUUUAUCUUGACAAGGGCCAUAUUGUGGCAAGAUCUGGAAAAAAUCAAGUGAAGACUCAGAAAACUUACAAUGAUGCCAACAGGCACUAUGUGGCUCUCUACAGCAACAACAAAGGGGUUCGUCUCUACAUCGACGACAUGCUUGAGAAAGGCACCGACUCCAGUGCUGCCGAUAGCAACAAUGCAGGCCUGCAAGCUGGAUCCGUGUACCUCGGUGGGACACCAGAGGCCUUGAACCUUUCCAACCUCACAGGCUGCAUCAGCAACCUGUUCGUCAGACGUAUAAACAAGCCGGAACAGAUGGUGGUGAAUCUGCUGAAGUCAAGUGAGAACAUCAACGUGCCUUUGAGUUGUCCUGCAGCCAAAGGACCCCAGCAGAUCCUAGCAUUGCCCCGCACUCAUAAGCCCCCUAAGGGCAGAAGAGGGAAGCCUCUGACCGAUAUGAAGAGCCGCACCGCACGGGAGUCCUGCCAGCCUCAAAUGGCCUCGAAGGAAAGAGGAGCAUUACAGUUCAGCGGAUCCUCACAUAGCUACCUGCGCUUCAAUGUGCUGCCUGAGGUCUUCAGGAAGACACCCCAUUUUUCCAUGGCGGUACGAGUGAAGUCCUCGGAGGGGCUGAUCUUCUAUGCAUCUGGGGAGAAGGGGGCCGCCAUAGUGUUAUUAGUGUCCAAUGGCCGCUUCCUCCUGCUCAUCAACAGCGGCCACAGAAAGACCAGCAUUCACAGUCACAAGAAGUACAAUGAUGGCCAGUGGCACACGGUCUUUGUGAAGAGGGAAAGGGACAAUGUCAGUUUGAUUGUAGAUGGAAUCAACAGACAGAGCAGACGACUGUCCAAGAGAGAGAAGAGUCGCCUGAGUCGCCUGAGUCCCCCUCUGUAUAUUGGAGGUCUUCCUGUUGGACCCCCCAGUUCAGCAAAUAUGGUGCUGGGGCCGGGAGGGUUCGUCGGUUGUAUCAGAGAUGUGAAGCUCAACGAGGAGCCCCUGCAAACUCCGUCCCACUCCCUGGGUGUGGUCCCCUGCUUCCGGGAAGACCUGCAGCCAGGGGUCUACUUCUCAAACCUGGGGGGUCAUCUGUCUAUCGAUGACACCUUGGUAGUGAGCCGGAACCUGGAGAUCAAGCUGGAAAUUCGUCCCAUCUCAGAUUCCGGCCUGCUGCUGCAUGCCGGAGGAACAACAGAGUCACAGCUGACCCUGUAUCUUAGCCAGGGAGAGGUUACAGUCAUGGUGAACAACGGAAAUGGGGAAUUCUCUGUCUCUGUGUCCCCAGAGGACUCGUUGUGCAAUGGGCGCUGGCACAAUAUUACAAUUGUGAAGAAAGGCAGUGAGGUGCAGCUCAACGUGGAUGAGAGCAGUGAGCAUGCUGCCGGACCCCCGCAGAGUCGCUCGUCAGGAGUCAGACAAGCACUCUACCUUGGCGGGGUGCCAGAUACUGUCGAUGUUCCCGGCUUGCCGUCUUCUCUGCCGCUCUUCCACGGCUGCAUACGGAGAGCAGUGAUCAAUCAGCGACUCGUGAUGCUGAGCAAACCCCUGUCUCUACAGGGCAGCGUGAGCACACACGGCUGCCCAGCUCUGUAGCGACAGCCCUGCUGGCUUUUUCAUACGACCUGGUGUACAAUGUUAGGUGGUGGGCACACAUCAACUGUUUAUUUAAAAAUAUUUAUGAACUAAUGUUUUUAAAUUUGUUUAUGAAAUCAAGUUGGGGCAUGGAAAAAUUUGUUAUUGGACCAAAAACAGAAAACAUAUAUUCAGAAGUUCAAAGAUGGACCAAGGCGUGAACAGCCGAACCAGAAAAUGCUUUCAAAAGCGAAGAAACGCGGGUAGAACUGUACUAACAUUUUCACUGUGGGUGUUUUUCUUGUACAUUUUAAAUUUUGAUUAUUAAGGCAAAGCACACCAAAUUCACUCCUGGGUUUUUUUCUGAGCUGUAGUUUGUUUCUUUGGGGAAAAAAGGGGGUUUUUUUGUUUUUUUUUGAAAGAACACAGCCUUUUCUGCUCAGGUAGUAUCACAUAAAACCAAAACUUUCCAUACUCAAGUUCAUCAGAAUGGGAGUAUGUAGUACCAUUGUAAACAUGCUCUUUAAAUUGUCCAGACUGACUGGCAAAGAAUAUGCAACGUUCACAUUUUGCCUUUUGAUGCAAACCACUGAUAUUUAAUGCAAUUACAAUUUUUUAUCAUCUGUAGAGAAUUAAGUUGUUUAAAAGGUCAGCCAGCUUUUGUACUGUAUUUUUCUCUAAAUUUAAAUAUGAUGCCCCUAAAACUGAGUUAAAGCUAGAUAUUUUCUUGGUGUCAAUAAAGUUCACUUUGGAAUAUAUAUUGUGCUUUGGGUGUGUCUCAGAUCUACGUGUCUGAUGUCAGACUGGCAAACUGUCAUAAGCACUGGAACUAUAUGAAUACAAAUGAAAAGAUCUCUAGCACUGAUUGUGGGUGCAUGUGUGAGAGUGUGUGUUAAUAUACACUGUAGUCAUGGUCAAUUCAGUAGACAGCAUUCCAAACAAAGUAAUUGUUUCUA